UAAAUACAUGAAUAUAACAGAGAAAGAAGGAAACAAAUGGUGAGAAUCUUUAUACAGAAGCUUCCAAUGGCACAAUACGUGUGUGACCAACAUUCCAUGCUAGCACGUCUUUGCUUUCACCAGAUCGUGUUUCUGUCAUUGUCAUUGUCAUUGUGAGCUAGCUUCACUACUGGUGAUCGAUCUUCAGAGACGUUUUGUUUCUGGGAGAUCGAAGAUGAAGUUUGGGAAGGAAUUUGUGUCCCAAAUGGUGCCGGAAUGGCAAGAAGCGUACUUGGACUACAAAUCACUCAAGGCUCUGUUGAAAGACCUGUUGCGUUUUUUACAGACCAGAACACCAACAGCAAUGGCUUCAACUCCAAAUGGUUCAGUUUUGAACAGGAGGGCAUCCCUCUACAGAGCCUUUAGUGGGCUAACAUGCCGGCACAGGGACUCUCCGAGGGCGAAAGAGGAUGAAGAGAUUCUGGUCACUGAAGAUGGGGAGGAUGGGAGGUACCAGACGUUUGUGACGGUCUCGGAUGAGGAAAGAGGGUAUGAGGUUAAGUUUUUCAAUGAGCUUGAUCAUGAGUUCAACAAAGUGGUUGGGUUCUACAAGAAGAAAGUUAAAGAAGUGGUCGAGGAGGCAGAUGAGUUGAGUAGACAGAUGGAUGCUUUGAUUGCUCUGAGGCUCAAGGUUGAUAAUCCUAUGGUGGAUUUUGGGGAUGGUCCACAGUCAGCUGUUCAUCCCAUAAAUGGCAGAAGUGCAGGAGGGCAGCACAUGGAUGUGAUUGAGGAAGUGGAGAUGAUGGAAGAUGAAGACAGAGGAGACAAUGAACCAAAAACUAGAACCCAGAAGGCAAAUGGAGGUAUAGAGGGCUUUAAACCUCCUCAAUUAGAGAUUUUGGAACAUGUAAAGAUCAAUGUCGCACCAGAAACUCCGGUCUCAACUCUGAAAGGGAUCAUCCUCAACAGUGAAAAUCAAGAGCUGUCAUUCAGCAAGAAAGAAUUGAGGAAAGCAGAAGAGCAAAUGAAACAGGCUUUCAAUGAGUUUUACCAAAAGCUUCGGCUUUUGAAAAGUUACUGUUUCUUGAACCAAUUGGCUUUCUCAAAGAUCAUGAAGAAACAUGACAAGAUCACUUCAAGGAAUGCAUCAAAGGUUCACUUGAACAUGUUGGAAACCUCUUAUCUCGGGACCUGUGAUGAUGUUAGUUAUUCUUCAACUUUUUGUCUACUAUCAAUUCAAGGGAUAUAUAUAUAUGAACUCCAUCUGAAACUUUGCAUUGUGAACCAUCUGUUUUUGCCUUCGCAGGUUAGUAGGCUUAUAGAAAGGGUGGAGGCUACCUUCAUAAAACACUUCGCAAAUGGUAAUCACAGAAAAGGAAUGAAGACAUUAAGACCAACAGCCAGAAGGGAAAAGCAUAGAAGUACAUUUGUCUUGGGACUGUUCUCUGGGUGUUCAAUUGCACUUGUAGUGGCCAUUAUAGUGCUUAUACAUGCAAGAGGUCUCCUUGAAAGCGAGGGGCGUAGCCUGUACAUGGAAAACAUAUUUCCUCUUUACAGCUUGUUUGGAUUCAUAGUCCUUCAUAUGGUCAUCUUCUCAGCAAAUAUAUAUUACUGGAGGCGAUACCGAGUAAAUUAUUCAUUUAUCUUUGGCUUUAAGAAGGGCACAGAACUGGGGUACAGACAGUCUUUCCUCAUGAGUUCCGGCCUUGCAGUUCUGGCAUUGGCUGGUGUCCUCUCAAAUUUGGAUAUGGAGAUGGACCCAAGUACACAAAGCUUCAGAGCAUUGACAGAAUUAGUCCCUCUGGGUCUAGUCAUUGUUCUGGUUGGUAUAAUGUUAUGUCCUUUCAACAUAGUAUAUCGUUCCUCCCGAUUUUUCCUCAUCCAAGCUGUAGUACAUUGCGUUUGUGCUCCUCUGUACAAGGUUACCCUCCCGGAUUUUUUCUUGGCAGAUCAGCUUACUAGCCAGGUUCAGGCCUUCAGGAGUUUGGAAUUCUAUGUUUGCUAUUAUGGUUGGGGGGACUUCAAGAAGAGAUCACACAACUGCCUAGACAGCCAUGUAUACAAAACUUUCUACUUCAUUGUAGCAAUUAUCCCAUAUUGGAUUCGUUCCCUUCAGUGUCUGCGACGCUUGGUGGAGGAGAAAGAUGGAAUGCAAGGGUUAAAUGGGCUGAAAUACUUCUCAACAAUUGUCGCAGUUGCUAUGAGAACAAGUUUUGAUAUGAAAAAGGGGAUGAAAUGGAAGAUCCUAGCUAUGACUAGCUCAAUUGUUGCAACAGUUGUCAGUACUUACUGGGAUAUUGUCAUAGAUUGGGGUCUUUUGAGACGGAAUUCUGAAAACCGUUGGCUCAGAGACAAACUCCUUAUACCAAACAAAAGUGUUUAUUUCGUAGCCAUGGUGUUAAAUGUUCUACUGAGACUUGCUUGGAUGCAGUCAGUACUAGGAUUUCGAGAAGCACCCUUCAUCCAUAGAACAGCCUUAGUUGCAAUAGUUGCCUGUCUAGAAAUAAUUCGCCGUGGCAUUUGGAACUUCUUCCGGUUGGAGAAUGAGCACUUGAAUAAUGUUGGGAAGUACCGAGCAUUCAAGUCUGUACCCCUACCUUUCAACUAUUACCAUGAUGAAGGCAAGAGCAUAUAAACAUUUAUACCAUAGAACAGAGAUGACAGGAGAAAAGUAGCAAAGUAGAUGUAUAGGGGAAUCAGCGAAAUUUUGUUUUCAUGCCCCACAUUAUUUCAACAAACUAUGAUUUGGCAUUUUUUUGCUUUUGGCAUGGAGGGUGUACACUGUAGAUCCAUUGCUGUUUCUGGCAUCUAAAUUCUAACAAUGCUCAUUUUGGCACCAGUGCAGCAAUAUUCGAUCUCUGUUUUCUGAGCUUA